AUGGCGCACGUCACCGCCACCAUGGCGGCCCUGGCCGCGGCCGGGGAGACGUGCGAGCUCUACGACAUCCACGGCCACUACGCGGACGCGGGCGAGGCGGCCGCCCUCAUGAGCUUCACCCUGGGGUCAGACAUGGUGCUGACGGGGCACAGCCUGGGCCGCAACAAGCUGGACCACCUGCUCAAGAGCCGCACCAUGGCGCGCCGCGAGAUCGAGGCGGUGUACGCCAUGUCGCGCCGCAUCGAGGGUGAGGAGCGCGCCAUUGACGCGGCCCUCAUGGUGUUCACCUCCACCCACCAGGAGGUCAAGGACCAGUGGGGCCUCUAUGACGGGUAUGACCCGGCGCUGGAGCGCAUCCUGCGGGCGCGGCCCCGCCGCGGCCGCCACUUCCCCGUGAUGAACGUCAUCCCCCCAGGCCUGGACUUCUCAAACCUCAAGGUGGCUUGCCCCCCUGACCCUUGGGAGCAGCUCGCCGCCGCCCAGCAGCAGCAGGCCCUCGCCGCCAGCGGCAGCUUCAGCAGCCUCUCCAUCGCCGCCAGCCCCCGCGCGCCGCGCAGCCGCCGCACCAGCAUGCUGAGCGCCGGCGGGUCCGUGGGUGCCCUGGCCGCGGUGGCGGAGGGGUCGAGCAGCUUCUCGGCGGCUGCAGGGCAGGACGAGUUCGCGACGACGCCGGGUGAGUCGCGCCCCAAGGCUUAA